AUGUUUAGGGGGGAGCGCCAGGCCUCUGUGAUUAAAGUGGAACCAAUUCCUGAUGAGGAUGACAGUCAGAGUCAUCAGACAGAACACACGCAGCAAGAAACGUGCGAGCACCUGGAGGCAUACAGCGGCGUCACUGAGACAGCCAUGGCAAGUCAAAGUACUAAAAGAAAGAUUCCAGUCCGCAAACCUGCUCAGGAGGAGGUGAAGAAUGAUGUGCAAGCCCUUAAACUGAAAGCUGAAGUUCCAGAACGGUCCCAGAAACCUACAGCAUCCCAGGUGGAGUCAUCUGAAGAUACAACAUCUUCUGACUCCAGUUCUGAUUCAUCUGAGCCUUCACGAAAGAAGUAUAAAAAGAAACCAAAAAAGAAGAAAUCAAAGAAAGCACGGGCCUGUGAUUUCAAAAGAGUAAAAACACCUGAGGAGUCUGUUUGUCGGUACCAGAAAGUCCUACGGCUUGUAAAAAGUGGCUCAACAAAGGCGGAUGCCUAUAACAGUGUGGGGGUGGACCGCAACACCAUUGUGAACCAAGCACCAAUUGCAGAGCUGGCUGCUGUUAGCCCUGACAUGUUCAAGAUCCUGAGGGCUGGUUUCAAAAAAGGGGACAGUCUGCUAAAAUUUGCUGAAAAAUGUAUGGCCCAAUGCAUCUUAGAGCCAAAUGCAAGUCAGAUCAGAGCUAUGAAAGAAGCCAGUGGUCUGCUGGACAUUCUGAAAAAGUAAAUGUUCAUCACUAUAUUUUAGUGUUGUUACUUAAGAAUGCGUUUGGUCUUAGGGUUUGUAAAU